AUGGAACUCCAUUCGUCUGCCUCCGCUUCUCGGGAACCCUUGCAUGAAAUACCUCGAUCGAUACACCAUCAUAAUACCUUGGGAACGGAAAGCAAACAAAGACGUUACAAGAACCGCAAACGAAAAGUGAACCCCAAACUUAAUCGCUUUUCCAAUUAUCUCAUCUUUGGAUUGGGUGGUACCAUGUGUUGCGCCAGCUUCUUGUUUUGUUACGUUAUGGUAUUGGUGUGUCUUUGGCCCUUGCUGAUUGCCCAACCAGAAAUUAUUCCUGAUGAAACCCCACGGGAGUACUUGCAACACAUGCAUAUUCCUGUAUCCCUUCAAGAGGCCCGAGUCCCUGGAAAGGAAAAGUUGCACAAAAUGGCCGAUGUUGUCAAGAACCGAAUUGAUCAGCUGAAAAAAGGGAGAGGCGUUUCAGAUGCCCAGUUAUUGGAACAAGCCAAGAAAGAAUUUGAAGGAAAGGGGAAGGAGCGCGAAGCACGUGAUAAACUGAUUGAUCGAUAUCUGAAUGAUGAAGAAGAGGAGCCAAAUGCCGUCGGUGUAGUGGGUCAUGCACCAGAAGGCCAAAGAAACGGAUUCAUUGUCUUGGGAAUGCACAGAUCUGGUACCAGUAUGCUUUCUGGAUUGUUGGUGACUGGGUGCGGCUACCAAGUCGGAAAAAGUAGUGAUCUCAUUGGCGCUAGUUUUGAUAAUGAGAAGGGCUUUUUCGAAAGAGUCGAUGUGGUAUUACAAAAUGACGAAUUCUUCUUCAACCAAGAUAUGGCGUGGGAACACAAUGUCAUUAAUUUCGACUUCGAACAGGCAUUGCAAGAUAAAAAGGAAGGAAGUAUUCCCUUCAAGCACGGUAAAACGGGUCUGAAAUGGUUGAACAGCCCGUUCCAUGUUCCAUAUUUGCAAAAGGAUCCCCGCAUGUGCAUCACGUUGAAAACUUGGUUGAAACUACUGAAUCAUGAACCAGCAGUUAUCUUCACUUACCGGCAUCCAGUGGAAGUUGCCAAGUCCCUCCACAAACGUGAAAAGGGCUUUACGAUGGAAAGAGGAUUGAGAUUGUGGAUUGUCUACAACAUGAGAGCAUUGCAAAAUGCUCGAGAACUCUGUGUGGUAAAGUCUAGCAAUACAGCCGUCUUGGCCAAUCCACUGAAGGAAACCCAACGGAUUGCUGACGAAUUGACCAGCAAGUGCGGAGUUGUCGCCCCACCCAAGAUGAUUCAACAAGAAGAUGUGGACAAGUUUGUCGACCCGAACCUACAACACAACAAAAAGGGCUCAAGCGGCAGUACCCAACGGAUCUUGCAUGAAUACAAUGAUGGAAAAUGCAAGGUUUAUGAAUUCAAAUCUGAACUGGAGGCAAAUGAUCCAGGUCGAGCACGAGAAGCCCAAUUGUAUGAAUGGGCAAUGAAGAUCUAUUGUGAUUUGGAAUCAGGCAAGGCAUACGAAUUCGAUUACGAAUGGCCACUAGGAUAA